AUGACCACUCCUUACAAUGGCACCACCGAUCAUGCCGACUAUGGCUACUCAACCCAUGUGCAUGAUCUCAACAUCUUCUACGACACGGGCAACUUGACGUUCCUCGCCGUCAGCGCCGUGCUUGUGCUUCUCAUGAUUCCCGGCGUCGGCUUCUUCUACAGUGGUCUCGCCCGUCGCAAGUCUGCUUUGACGCUCAUUCUGUUGUCAAUGAUAUCCGUUGCGGUCAUCAGCUUUCAGUGGUUCUUCUGGGGAUACUCCUUGACCUUCUCACGAACUGGAAACUCAUUCCUCGGCGACUUGACCCAGUUUGGUCUCAUGGACACCCUCGCUCAACCGAAUGGCUCUUCUGCUCUCCCUGACAUUCUCUUUUGUCUGUACCAGGGCAUGUUCGCUGCCAUUACUCCUGCCCUUGCCAUCGGUUGCGUUGCUGAUCGAGGUCGCAUCCUCCCCGCCAUCGUCUUCAUGUUCCUUUGGUCCACCAUCGUCUACGACCCCAUCGCCUACUGGACCUGGAACGCCAAUGGCUGGCUCUUCAACCUUCCCAGCUACGACUUUGCUGGAGGCGGUCCCGUUCACGUCUCAUCAGGAACCUGCGCGCUCGCCUACUCCCUCAUGCUCGGCAAGCGUACCGGCUACUCCAACAACAACGGUCUUCCUUACCGCCCUCACAACGUCACCCACGUUGUUCUCGGCACGGUCUUCCUCUGGGUCGGUUGGUUCGGCUUCAACGGCGGUUCUGCUCUCGCCAUGAACAUCCGCGCCGUCAUGGCAUGCUACGUGACCAACCUCGCUGCCUCAUGCGGUGCCAUUGCCUGGAUCAUCCUCGAUUACCGUCUCGAGAAGAAGUGGAGCACUAUCGGUUUCUGCUCUGGUGCCAUUUCUGGUCUCGUUGCCAUCACUCCUGCCGCUGGUUUCGUGAAGCCCUGGGCUGCUGUCAUUAUCGGCAUCUGCGGUGGUGUCUUUUGCAACUUCGCCACCAAGGUCAAGUUCCUCAUCAACGUCGACGACAGUCUUGAUAUCUUUGCUAUCCACGGUAUUGGUGGUAUGGUCGGUAACAUCCUCACCGGUAUCUUUGGAACCAAAACCAUUGCCGCUCUCGACGGUGGAGAGUACGACCCCAUUGGCUGGGUUGACGGUCACUUUGUUCAGCUGGGUUACCAGAUUGCUGGUACUCUUGCCGUCUUUGCUUGGUCCUUCACUCUCACUUGCAUUCUCCUCUUCAUCCUCAACCUCAUCCCCGGCCUCUCCCUUCGUGUCUCUGCAGAGGAGGAGGAGCUCGGCACUGAUGAUGGCCAGCUGGGCGAGUUUGCCUAUGACUAUGUUGAGAUGACUCGACACAUGGCCGACAGCACACAUCCUCAUUCUGAUGCUAGUGCCCGAACAAGUCAGGAGAAGGUCUAA